AUGUGGGCAUUCUUAUUUGACCGAGAGUCAAGCAUUGCUUCUGAAAAUGGUUUAGUGUCUAAUACUAUUGCGAAUGAUGCUGACUCUACAAUAUAUUCGAAUAUCUAUACACUUGGUAAAGGCCAGCACAACGUUUUCAAAAUAGAGCGGACUAUCCAUAAGUAUAUUAUUCCAAGUGUACAAAACGUUCUUAUUGGAAGACCUCAUUUUGCAACCUUGCCCACGUUGAGUAGUACAUUUGCAUCAUAUCCACUUCUUAGUGUCAAUAAUAGCAUCUACGCACGCGUUUCCGUGGAGCCUUCCUCCUAUAUAAUCAAUACUGAAACAGAAAAAUCAAAUUUGACAUUACUCGACGUAUUAAGCGCCUUAGGAGGUAUGUAUGCUUUAAUUGUAGCGCUAUAUGGACUAUUAUAUGGUGAUAGAGCCCUAGAGCCUUGGGGUUGGGUUCAACGCAUACAGUUAAAGCGCAUAGGUUGUGGUUUUCGCGAAUCAGUUAUUGAUAAAUUAGCCAGUAUCGCUUACUGGGCUGUGGAUAGAAAUACGAAACUUGACGAAGGAAAGAAUAAACGAAACGCAGUUAGCAGAGACAUAGAGAGUGCAGAAGAGGACACAGAGGAGAGCACAGUCAAUGGGGAUGAAGAGACUAUCAAUGGCGAAAACGAAGAAGAGUGUACAUAUACAGUAGAAGAGCUUUAUUGUAAAUUUAAAACCAUGCAAAAACGACAAAAGGCAUUGGAGGACUUCUUAAAGGAUUAUGUUGUAGAUGUAAAAUUUUAUGAUAAGCAUCAUAAGCAGGCUAACAGUAUAGGUAGUAGUAACAACAAUAAUAAAGAAUGA